UGGUAAAGUCUCUGUCGGAGUUCAGACAUCUUUGUUGACAUAAAAAAAAAAAGUGACUGAACAUAAUUAUUGCGUCAAAAAACAAACUUGAUUGUAUUUAUUAGUUUGUCAAGUUAAUAGUGAAUUAAUAAUAUACAUUUAUCAAUAUGCAAAAAACUAAAAAAACAUUAUUUAAUUGAUAUAAUAUUUUGACGUGUUAGAUUAAAAACCAACCUAACCUCAAAUUAGUUUCACACAGCUGAGUUUUAAUGACAGCUGCUUGUGAGUUGUAAGUCCAAAAUAAUGAUUAUCAUCUAGGAUUUAUUUAUCAUCAUUAAAAUGGUAAUAUAAUUAUUUGUCAAUGAAAUUCAAUGAAUGCAAAAGUCACAUGAAAAAGGCUCAACGAGCCUGUUUAUUACGGUGACAGUGAUAAUUAUCAGAAAUGUCAAAUAAACAUUUAGACAGUAGUAAACUUGUGACACAAGAUAAUCCUUCUGAUAGCCAGCCAUUAACGCUAUUUGACAUGUGGUGGAGGAUAUUUUUAUGGAAUCUAGGCUCUUCAAUAUUUGUCCAUACAAUUGCAGCAGGUAUUUGUUUUGCAACACUAAGAAAACAUAAAUAUGGAAAAUUUUUUCCAAUUUUAAUUGUUGUUAUGGGUUUUUUACUUCCUAUGACAUCAGGUGUGUUGACAUCAGCAGCAAUUGCAUUUGUUUAUCAUGCAUCAAAAUAUCAAAUGCCACAACUUUAUGCAUUAUUUUGGGGUAUUGGACAAACUUGUGUUGGUGGAUGUUUAGGAAUUUUACGUAUUCUUGCGACAUUAUAAAUAUUAUCUUUUUUUACAAACAUGAUUGCACGUUAAUUGAAUUAUAUUAAUUACUACCUCUAUCAAUUAUUGUGCAUUGGGUAUGAAUUUUUUUUUUCCUUUUUUUUGCCACUGUAAAUUAUUGAUGAUUUUUGUUGAUUAAUUUUGUAAAUACAUAGACUCACUGUAGGUAGAAUUUUUCUAUAAAUAUUUUAGCUGUUAGUUAAUUUGGGUGGUGAUUUAUAUGAGCCCAACUCACUCGUGUCUUUCAAUAAUAUUAUUGUCAAUAUAAAAAAUUGAAAUAAGAAAAUAGACAUCAUCUUUUUUCAUUUUAUUUUGUAAAAAAAAUAGUUAAAAUUUAUUAUCAAUUUAAAAUCAGUCUGUGUUUAGGGGCUUCAUAUCAAGCAGAAUUUUUCUGCAUUUAUUAUUUUUUUUUUUGUAUAUAAAUAUCAAGAAGUUUUGGUUAUUAUUUUGCAAUUAUUUUCAAGUAAUUUUUCGUAUUUAUUGUACAGAAAAAAAAUUAACGUGGAAAACUGAGGAGUGUCCUAAAUAUUUGAAUGUAAAUUCGCACAAAAUAUAAAUUAGCUGAUAAAUAUAUUCAAAUCAUUCCAAUAAAAAUCUGAAUGAAAAUGUAUUUCCAAAAUGAAUUAUUCAAAUAUCCGGUGUUGUAGUUUGCAAAUUGAAUGUAAAUAAUUCACAAUUAAUAGAAUAUUAUUCAUUUUUUUGGUUUUUUUAAUUUUAAUAUUAUGAUUAAUAAAUAAUUAAUUUUAAUCUGUUAAUAGAUCAUUUUUAAUACAAAAAAAAAAAAAGAUACAAAUGACUGUUAAUAAAGCUGUAUCCAAAAAUGAUAAAUUUAAAUUGUUUAUUUAUUUAUUUUUUGUUGUCCAGCAUUGAUGGCUAAUAGUAAAUUUACAAAUAUAUUUUCUGGAUAAUUAUACUUGAAUGAUGAAGAAAUUACUCUUCUGCUUUUGUACAUCUGAAGCCAAAAACAUCACACUUAUUUGGUUCUGGAGCUGAUACUUCUUCGAGGAUUUCUUUGGCAUUACGUGCAAAUGUUUUCUGUGUUUCUUCAGCACCUUUCAUGUCACCUGAUGCUGCUUGAACUGCUGAUUUAACUUGAGAAAAUACAGGAAAAGAAUCAAUCCAACUUGAUUGUGCUUUAAUUGUUGACAGUACAAUCAACAAUAAAACUAUUGAUAACUUCA